GUAAGUUAAUUCAUUGAAAUCUGCUGCCUGCCCAUACAUGGCUACUAAAGGAACUUUUGAAAAUAAUUUUAAUGAUUACUCUGAAGGAACUGCAAUUACAGUAUUAAAUGAAACUCAAGAUGCCAUUUCGUCAAAGUUACAAACAAAACUGCAGAAAUAUACUGAUGCAAAAGUUCACUUUUUAACUACGGAGCUGGCGAGCGAUAUAUUUUAUGAUAACACAGUGUACACUGGGUCUGCAGGAUUGGCACUUUACUACCUUAUGUCUGCUUUAAAUAAAAAGGAGACUUACACUGAAAAUCUAAGGAAUGCUCUUCUUUAUUUAAAUAUUAAUAAUCUCAAGGGUCGCAGAAUAUCAUUUCUGUGUGGUGAUGCAGGCCCACUUGCUUUAGCUACUGUAAUAUCAUACAAAUUAGGUCGAGACACUACUGAUUUGCCUGACUACAAAACUUUAGGACAAAGACUAGUAUCUUUAAUGUAUCUGCUGAAUGAUUCUCCUGAUGAGCUGCUCUAUGGAAAAAGUGGCUACUUAUAUGCAUUACUGUUUGUAAAUAAGUAUAUAGAUGAAAGAACUAUAAUUCCUCCACAUUACAUUGAGAAGGUGAUUAUUGCCAUUCUGAAAUCUGGAAAGGAGUAUUCACAGCAAGUGAAGUCCAUCAGUCCCCUCCUAUGGCAGUGGCACGACAAGGUGUAUUUAGGGGGCGCUCAUGGGGUGGCUGGCAUACUUUAUAUUCUAUUACAGGCCCAAGCACACAUAUCUGCCAAUGACAUGCAAACAUUAAUCAAACCGACUCUAGAUUGGCUGGUGAAUCAAAAAUUACCAAGCGGUAAUUUCCCCUCAUCUUUGAAGAGUGCUUCGGGAGAUCGCCUCGUGCAAUGGUGUCAUGGAGCUCCUGGUUUUGUUCCUCUGCUAAUAUUAGCCCAUCAGAUCUUCGGCGACGACAAAUAUAUGAAAACGGCACUGCAGUGCGGAAAGGUCGUCUGGGAACGAGGGCUAUCCACGAAAGGCUACAGUAUUUGCCAUGGAGUUAGUGGGAAUGCCUAUACAUUCAUUCAACUUUAUCAAGCAACUAAGGAGCCUAUCCACCUGUACCGCGCGUGCUGCUUCACGGAGUGGUGCUGCCUGGAGCGCAGCGGCACGGAGCUGCUGCCUCCGGAGCGGCCCGCGUCGCUGUUCGAGGGGCUGGUGGGCCGCCUCUGCCUCGCCCGCGACCUGCAGAACCUGCCCGCUGCGCACUUCCCCGCAUACACUGUCUAGGCUUGUUU